UGAAAAAGUGGGAAAGGAUGUCUGGAGGCGAGGCGUCCCAUUACAGAGGAGGGAGCUCGCUAUAUAAGCCAGCCAAAGCUGGCUGCACUGGCCACAGCCGCCUACUGUCCCACGCUCUCCCGCGCGCACACGCCAGCCCCUCCUCGGAACAAAGGCAGCGCGAGGUGGGGGGACUUUGGGGGCAGCCACCUGGGAGCCUGCUGCUGCUCACCUCCAGGCAUUCAUUCCAUGGAGCUGGUUCAUUCAAGAAUCUAGGUCGUUUCCAGCGCCGGAAAGAAGAGGAUUUCUUCAAGUGGAUCAGAAACAACUGAUAAUUCAACUCUGUGCUUCCAAGACCCCAACUCUACCUGAGAGUAAGACGCCCUAAGAUCUUAGAACCCCAGAAACAUCCCACCAAAUCCACCUCCACCAUGGGGGCCGUGACUCAGCUGUUGGUGGGCAUCUGCCUAGCUUUGCUUGCCCUCGCUGCUGAAGGUGGGGUCCUCAAGAAAGUCAUUCGGCACAAGCGACAGACUGGGGUGAACAUCACUCUGCCGGAGGAAAACCAACCAGUGGUGUUCAACCACGUCUACAACAUCAAGCUGCCUGUUGGGUCCCAGUGCUCUGUGGAUCUGGAAUCAGCCAGUGGGGAGAAGGAUCUGGCCCCACCCUCCGAGCCCAGUGAAAGCUUCCAGGAGCACACCGUGGACGGGGGAAACCAGAUCGUCUUCACACACCGCAUCAACAUCCCCCGCCGGGCCUGUGGGUGUGCCCCUGCUCCUGACAUCAAGGAGCUCCUGAGCCGACUGGAGGAGCUGGAGAACCUGGUGUCCUCCCUGCGGGAGCAAUGCAGCAUGGGAGCGGGCUGCUGCCUCCAGCCUGCCGAAGGCCGCCUGGACACUAGGCCUUUCUGCAGUGGCCGGGGCAACUUCAGCACUGAAGGGUGCGGCUGCAUUUGCGAGCCUGGCUGGAAAGGCCCCAACUGCUCCGAGCCUGACUGUCCAGGCAACUGUCACCUGCAAGGCCAGUGCCUCGACGGGCAGUGCAUCUGCGACGAGGGCUUCACCGGGGAGGAUUGCAGCCAGCUGGCCUGCCCCAGCGACUGCAACGACCAGGGCAAGUGCGUGAAUGGGGUCUGUGUCUGCUUCGAAGGCUACACCGGGGCUGACUGCAGCCAGGAGCUGUGCCCGGUGCCCUGCAGCGAGGAGCAUGGCAGGUGCGUGGACGGCCGGUGUGUGUGCCAGGACGGCUUUGCGGGUGAGGACUGCAAUGAGCCCCUGUGCCUCAACAACUGCUACAAUCGCGGGCGCUGCGUGGAGAACGAGUGUGUGUGCGACGAGGGUUUCACGGGCGAGGACUGCAGCGAGCUCAUCUGCCCCAACGACUGUUACGACCGGGGCCGCUGUGUCAACGGCACCUGCUACUGCGAAGAAGGCUUCACGGGGGAGGACUGUGGGCAGCUCACCUGCCCCAACUCCUGCCACGGCCAGGGCCGGUGCGAGGAGGGCCAGUGCGUGUGCGACGAGGGCUUUGCAGGCGUGGACUGCAGUGAGAAGAGGUGUCCUGCCGACUGUCACAACCACGGCCGCUGCAUCGACGGGCAGUGUGAGUGUGACGAUGGCUUCACGGGCGCUGACUGCAGUGAGCUCAGAUGCCCCAAUGGCUGCAGCGGCCAUGGCCACUGCGUCAACGGGCAGUGUGUGUGCGACGACGGCUACACCGGGGAGGACUGCAGCCAGCUGCGGUGCCCCAACGACUGUCACAACCGGGGCCGCUGCAUCAAGGGGAAGUGUGUGUGCGAGCAGGGCUUCCAGGGCUACGACUGCAGCGAGAUGAGCUGCCCCAAUGACUGCCACCAACACGGCCGCUGCGUGAACGGCAUGUGUGUCUGCAGUGACGGCUACACGGGCGAGGACUGCCGGGAUCUGCGGUGCCCCAAGGACUGCAGCCACCGGGGCCGCUGCGUGGAGGGGAGGUGCGUGUGUGAGGACGGCUUCACCGGCCGUGACUGUGCAGAGCUGUCUUGUCCUGGGGACUGCCAUGGCCAGGGUCGCUGUGUGAACGGGCAGUGCGUGUGUCACGAAGGCUUCAUGGGCAGAGACUGCAAGGAGCGGAGGUGUCCCAGCGACUGUAAUGGCCGCGGCCGAUGCGUGGAUGGCCAGUGUGUCUGCCAUGAGGGCUUCACGGGCCUGGACUGUGGGCAGCGCUCCUGCCCCAAUGACUGCAGUCACUGGGGGCAGUGCAUCGCCGGCCGCUGCAUCUGCAAUGAGGGCUACACCGGGGAGGACUGCUCAGAGGUGUCGCCUCCCAAAGACCUCAUUGUGACAGAAGUGACCGAGGAGACUGUGAACCUGACCUGGGAGAAUGAGAUGCGGGUCACAGAGUACCUCAUUGUGUACACGCCCACCCACGAGGAUGGCCUGGAGAUACAGUUCCGGGUCCCCGGGGACCAGACGUCCGCCACCAUCCAGGAGCUGGAGCCUGGCGUGGAGUACUUUAUCCGAGUGUUCGCCAUCCUGGAGAACAAGAGGAGCAUUCCCGUCAGCGCAAGGGUGGCCACUUACUUGCCUGCACCUGAAGGCCUCAAAUUCAAGUCCAUCAAGGAGACAUCUGUGGAAGUGGAGUGGGAUCCUCUGGACAUCGCUUUUGAAACAUGGGAGAUCAUCUUCCGGAAUAUGAAUAAAGAAGAUGAGGAAGAGAUCACCAAAAGCCUAAGGAGGCCAGAGACCACGUACCAGCAAACUGGCCUAGCCCCUGGACAGGAAUAUGAGAUAUCUCUGCACAUCGUGAAAAACAAUACUCGGGGCCCAGGCCUGAAGAGAGUGACAACCACCCGCUUGGACGCUCCCAGCCAGAUCGAGGUGAAGGACGUCACGGACACCACUGCGCUGGUCACCUGGUUCAAGCCUCUGGCCGAGAUCGACGGCAUCGAGCUCUCCUAUGGGAUCAAAGACGCGCCGGGUGACCGCACCACCAUCGACCUCACGCAUGAUGAGAACCAGUACUCCAUCGGGAACCUGAAGCCAGACACUGAGUACGAGGUGUCCCUCAUCUCCCGCAGGGGCGACAUGUCCAGCAACCCUGCCAAAGAGACCUUCACAACAGGCCUGGAUGCCCCCAGGAAUCUUCGCCGCGUCUCCCAGACAGACAACAGCGUCACCCUGGAAUGGAAGAAUGGCAAGGCGGCCAUUGACAGCUACAGAAUUAAGUACGCACCAAUCUCCGGAGGUGACCACGCCGAGGUCGAGGUCCCAAAGAGCCAACAAGCCACAACCAAAACCACACUCACAGGUCUGAGGCCAGGAACUGAAUAUGGGAUCGGUGUGUCUGCUGUGAAGGGAGACAUGGAGAGCAUUCCGGCCACCAUCAACGCGGCCACAGAUAUGGACGCCCCCAAGGACCUUCGGGUGUCUGAAACUACAGAGACCACCCUGACCCUGCUCUGGAGGUCACCGUUGGCCAAGUUUGACCAUUACCGCCUCAACUACAGCCUUGCCUCGGGCCAGCCGGUGGAAGUGCAGCUGCCCAGAGACACCACCUCCUACGUCCUGAGAGGCCUGGAACCCGGGCAGGAAUAUGCCAUCCUCCUGAGAGCAGAGAAGGGCAGGCACAAGAGCAAGUCGGCUCGGGUGAAGGCAUCCACAGACCACACCCCUGAACUGGAAAACCUCACCGUGACCGAGGUGGGCUGGGAUGGCCUCAAACUCAACUGGACCGCAGCUGACCAGGCCUAUGAGCACUUUGUCAUUCAGGUGCAGGAGACCAACAAGGUGGAGGCAGCUCAGAACCUCACAGUGCCUGGCAGCCUGCGGGCUGUGGACAUCCCGGGCCUCAAGGCCGCCACCCCUUAUAGAGUUGCCAUCUACGGGGUGAUCCGGGGCUAUAGGACACCAGUGCUCUCCGCUGAGGCCUCCACAGGGGAAAUUCCCAGUUUGGGAGAGGUCACCGUGUCCGAGGUGGGCUGGGAUGCCCUCAAGCUCAACUGGACUGCUCCGGAAGGAGCCUAUGCGCAGUUUUUUAUCCAGGUGCAGGAGGCUGGCACAGGAGAGGCAGCCCAGAACCUCACAGUCCCGGGAGGGCUGAGGUCCGUGGACCUGCCCGGGCUCAAAGCAGCCACUCAGUAUAGUGUCACCAUCCGCGGGGUCACUGGGGACUCCAGCACAGCCCCUCUCUCUGUUGAAGUCUGGACAGAAGAGGUUCCAGAUCUGGGAAACCUCACAGUGACCGAGGUUAGCUGGGACACGCUCAGGCUACACUGGACCACCCCAGAUGGGAUCUAUGAGCAGUUUGUCAUUGAGGUCCAGGAGGCUGGCCAAGCCAAAGAAGUGCACAGCCUCACCGUUCCUGGCAGCCUGCGCUCCGUGGAAAUCCCCGGCCUCACGGCUGGUACCCCUUACACAGUCACCCUGCACGGCGAGGUCAGGGGCCGCAGCACUCAACCCCUUGCCGCAGAGGUCAUCACAGAGGAGCUCCCCAAGCUGGGAGACUUAGCCGUGACCAAGGUGGGCUGGGAUGGCCUCAAACUCAACUGGACCGCAGCUGACCAGGCCUAUGAGCACUUUGUCAUUCAGGUGCAGGAGGCCAACAAGGUGGAGGCAACUCAGAACCUCACAGUGCCUGGCAGCCUGCGGGCUGUGGACAUCCCGGGCCUCAAGGCCGCCACCCCUUAUAGAGUUGCCAUCUACGGGGUGAUCCGGGGCUAUAGGACACCAGUGCUCUCCGCUGAGGCCUCCACAGCCAGAGAACCUGAAAUUGGAAACUUAAAUGUUUCCAACAUAACCCCUGAGAGCUUCAAUCUGUCCUGGACAGCUACCGAUGGCGCCUUCGAGACCUUUACCAUUGAAAUUAUUGAUUCCAAUAGGUUACUGGAGACGGUGCAAUACAAAAUUUCUGGUGCUGCACGAACUGCCUACAUCUCAGGGCUCCGCCCUAGUAAUGAUUUUAUUGUCUACCUCUCUGGACUUGCUCCCGGCAUCCGGACCCAAACCAUCAAUGUCACAGUCACCACAGAGCCAGAGCCAGAGUUGGGCAUGCUAGUUUUUAGCAAUAUUACUUCCGACAGCUUCCACGUGUCAUGGACCGCUCCAGCUGGGCCCUUUGCAAAGAUUGUUAUCAAUGUUAGUGAUUCCCAUGGGCUGCAUGAGCCACAGCAAAUCACAGUCUCAGGAGACGCUCAGCAUGCUCACGUCACCGGCUUGGUGGAGAACACUGGCUAUGACGUUAGUGUGACAGGGACCACCUGGGCAGGGGAACCUACCAGACCCCUCACUGCCUUUGUCGUGACAGAGGCUCUGCCCCUUCUGGAAAACCUAACCAUUUCCGACAUUAAUCCCUACGGGUUCACAGUUUCCUGGAUGGCAUCGGAGAAUGCCUUUGACAGCUUCCUAGUAACGGUGGUGGAUUCAGGGAAGCUGCUGGAUCCCCAGGAAUUCACACUUUCAGGAACCCAAAGGAAGCUGGAGCUCAGAGGCCUCAUAACCGGCAUUGGCUAUGAGGUUGUGGUCUCUGGCUUCACCCAAGGGCACCAAACCAAGCCCUUGAGGGCUGAGAUUGUUACAGAAGCCGAGCCAGAAGUCGACAACCUUCUGGUUUCAGAUGCCACCCCAGACGGGUUCCGUCUGUCCUGGACAGCUGAUGAAGGGGUCUUCGACAGUUUUGUUCUCAAAAUCAGAGACACCAAAAAGCAGUCUGAGCCACUGGAAAUAACCCUCCUUGCCCCCGAACGUACCAGGGACAUAACGGGUCUCAGAGAGGCCACCGCCUACGAAAUUGAGCUCUAUGGAAUAAGCAGUGGAAGGCGAUCCCAGCCAGUCAGUGCUAUAGCAACCACAGCCAUGGGCUCCCCAAAGGAAAUUCUUUUCUCCGACAUCACUGAAAACUCGGCUACUGUCAGCUGGAUGGCGCCCACCGCGCAGGUGGAGAGCUUCCGGAUUACCUAUGUGCCCAUUGCCGGAGGUACGCCCUCCACGGUCACUGUGGACGGAACCAAGACUCAGACCAAGCUGACAACACUCUUACCGGGAGCCGAGUACCUUGUCAGCAUCGUGGCCAUGAAAGGCUUCGAGGAGAGCGAGCCCGUCUCAGGAACGUUCACCACAGCUCUGGACAGCCCAUCUGGCCUGGUAACAGCCAACAUCACCGACUCUGAAGCCUUGGCCAUGUGGCAGCCAGCCAUCGCCCCUGUGGACAGCUACAUCAUCUCCUACACAGGGGAGAGAGUGCCAGAAAUCACACGGACGGUGUCUGGGAACACGGUGGAGUAUGUGCUGACCAACCUGGAGCCUGCCACGGAGUACACGCUGAGGGUCUUUGCAGAGAAAGGGCCCCAGAAGAGCUCCACCAUCAGCACCAAGUUCACAACAGACCUUGAUUCUCCCAGAGACUUGACUGCUACUGAGGUCCAGUCAGAAACUGCCCUCCUCACCUGGCGAGCCCCCCGGGCACCUGUCACCGGUUACUUAUUGGUGUAUGAAUCCGUGGACGGUACAGUCAAGGAAGUUAUUGUGGGUCCAGACACCACCUCCUACAGCCUGGCAGAGCUGAGCCCAUCCACUCACUACACAGCAAAGAUCCAAGCACUGAACGGGCCCCUGAGGAGCAAGCUGGUCCAAACCAUCUUCACCACAAUUGGACUCCUGUACCCAUUCCCCAGGGACUGCUCCCAGGCAAUGCUGAACGGAGACACAACCUCUGGCCUCUACACUAUUUACCUGAACAGCAAUAAGGCCCAGGCUCUGGAAGUCUUCUGUGACAUGACCUCUGAUGGGGGCGGAUGGAUCGUGUUCCUGAGGCGCAAAAACGGACGCGAGGACUUCUAUCGCAACUGGAAAGCCUAUGCCGCUGGGUUUGGGGACCGCAGAGAAGAGUUCUGGCUCGGGCUGGACAACCUGAACAAAAUCACGUCUCAAGGGCAGUACGAGUUGCGGGUGGACCUGCGGGACCACGGGAAGACAGCCUAUGCCGUCUAUGACAAGUUCAGCGUGGGAGACGCCAAGACUCGCUACAAGCUGAAGGUGGAGGGGUACAGCGGGACAGCAGGUGACUCGAUGGCCUACCACAAUGGCAGGUCCUUCUCCACCUUCGACAAGGACACAGACUCAGCCAUCACCAACUGUGCUCUGUCCUACAAGGGGGCCUUCUGGUACAAGAACUGUCACCGUGUCAACCUGAUGGGCAGAUAUGGGGACAAUAACCACAGUCAGGGUGUUAACUGGUUCCACUGGAAGGGCCAUGAACAUUCCAUCCAGUUUGCUGAGAUGAAGGUGAGACCCAGCAACUUCCGAAACCUCGAAGGCAGGCGCAAGCGGGCAUGAAUUGCAGGGACACCUGGCUGAGAGGUGUAGGGCCCAGAGGAAGAAGAGAAUUUUACCAAAGCACAGUGCAACCCGUCCAACCAUCAAGCCACACCUGGGCAUCUGGCAGGAGUUCACGUGGACCAUGGCGCCUCGGGCCAAAGGCAGGAGCACGGGCCUCCCCCUCUGCGAUUCCUUCCUUCGCACCAAAGACAACCUCUCCAACAGGUUUCUGUUGUGUUGUUCGAAUCUGCAAAAGCCUUCCAGGGACAGCAGCCAAUGGUCUUUCUUCUCGCGGGUGGCUGUGGGCAGAGGGUGGGGGUAUCCGCUGUACAGUGGUAGUUUUAGAACCGGCUGUCUUUUACACAAAGUUGCAUAAUUAAUGUUAUUUUUUGUUCCCAGUGAUUCAGUGUGUGUUAUUGGGAGCCAUCCCCAUUUUUUACAUUUUAUACAACAGAACCCAGAAAAGCAACCCUGUUUCAAUGUUAAGGAUAUAAUUAAUAUUAUUAAUAUAAUAAUAAGAAUGAUGAUGAAAACUAAGGAUUUUUAAAGAGACUUUCCUUCCUGAAACACAUGUGGACAGUACCUGAUUGUAUUUUUUUUUAAUAAAAGCACAAGUACUUUUAAAUUGG